AUGUUCUCUCAAGUUCUUGUGAUAGGUGCUGUCAUCGUCGCGGCCCAAGCUGGACUCUUGGGUCUUGGACGUGGUCAACACGGCGCCUUACCAUACGCAGGCGCCGGAUACAACAAUUACAAUGGGGCGUUUGCACCCCACGCGGGAUACGCUGGAUCUCUAGCUCAACCUGAUCCCUGGGCUAAUGCUAAUCCUCUAUUCAACGGAGCUUUAGCUCGUGGCAACCCUCUUGCCCACAAUGGGCUUUUGGGACAUGCUUCUCCUUUGGGGCAGCUACCUUAUAACCAUGGCGUUCCUUCUGCAUUAGGAUAUUCAUCUCUCCCUCACAAUGGCGCCCUUAAUCGCCCUCAUGGUGCUCCUGGCUACGGUAAUGCCUUUGGUCGUGCUAUUUCUCACGUAGACAGAACUGAUGUUUUACCAGCUUCAGGUUUUGCUGGACAAAUCGCAGCCGGGCCUGCAGGUCAUCCUGGUUCCCUUGCUCUUGGGGGACCUUUAGCUCACGCAGGACCUUUCGCUAAUGCAGGGCCCUUAGCUCAUGCAGGUUCCUUAGCCCACCCUGCAUCGUUCCCUCAUCCGGCUGCCCUUGCUCAUCCAGCAUCCUUCGGUCAUCCAGCGCCCUUUGCUGCAGGUAACUUAGCUCAUACCGCUCCAUUGUCCCAUGUGUCAAACAUUGUUCAUCCAGCUCCUUUGGCCCGUGCUGGUCCCUUAGCUCAAGCUGGACCCCUAGCUCUUGCUGGACCUUUAGCUCAUGCUGGACCCUUAGCUCACCCCGCUCCCUUAGCCCAUUCCGCCCCCUUGGCACACGCUGGACCAUUAGCCCAUCCAGCUCCACUUAACUACGGUGCGCCUUUAGCCCACAGUACUUUGGGCAACCCUCUAUUGAACUCAGCUGCCCCUCUGGGUCACGCCGCGGCUCUUGGAAACGGUCUUGGCAGAUACGGUUACGCAAGACAAUACGCUGGAGCUGAAAACUAUUCCGUAAGUACUCCUACUAUCUAUCCUUUAUGCUAA